AUAAGUGACACUCUGGGAGGGGAAGCAGAACAAACUGUAAGCUGCUGGCGGAUCCAUCUUGCUCGAAAAAGAGGCGAGAGUGAAGGCUUUUUUCAGUUUAUCACCUAAAAUACUGUAUCGUUCCCCGUUAACCGCGCUGGGGAGCCCGAGGAGGGGCUGUGCCGCUGUUUGUAGGAUGUCCCGACAUGAGGGUGUGAGCUGUGAUGCAUGUUUAAAAGGGAACUUUAGAGGACGACGGUUCAAGUGUUUAAUUUGCUACGACUACGACCUGUGUGCAUCGUGCUACGAGAGCGGAGCCACAACAACAAGACACACCACAGAGCACCCCAUGCAGUGUAUAUUAACCAGGGUAGACUAUGACUUGUAUUAUGGAGGAGACACCUUUUCAGUAGAGCAACCCCAGUCAUUCACAUGUCCUUACUGUGGCAAGAUGGGCUUCACGGAGACGUCCCUUCAGGAGCAUGUCACCUCAGAGCAUGCAGAGACUUCCACAGAGGUGAUUUGUCCAAUAUGUGCUGCCUUGCCAGGAGGGGAUCCCAACCAUGUCACAGAUGACUUUACAGCUCACCUCACACUUGAACACAGAGCGCCAAGAGAUUUAGAUGAGUCCAGCAGUGUUCGACAUGUACGCAGGAUGUUCCACCCUGGACGAGGACUGGGAGGUGCCAGAGCACGACGGACAAAUAUGCACUUUACUAGCGGCUCCACGGGGGGACUUUCAUCCUCCUCAUCACAGAGCUCCACUUACACCCCCAGUAAUAGAGAAGCAAUGGACCCAAUUGCAGAGUUGUUGUCUCAGCUGUCAGGUGUGCGACGUGCGACAGGGGGACAAAUAAACUCGUCAGGGCCUUCGGCCUCACAGCUCCAGCAGCUCCAGAUGCAACUGCAGUUGGAGCGGCAGCAGGCUCAGGCAGCACGACAGCAAGUGGAGACGGGUCGCCACGCGACACGACGCAGCAACAACCCAGGCAACACCGGUACCGCCAUCCCUCCACCCAGCACAGCAACUGCCAACACUGCCACCGUGGGUGAAAACAACCCCUCAUCCUCGUCCCACAGCUCCCAGUUUCUAUUAGCACGGUUGAAUGAACCUAAGAUGUCUGAAGCAGAGCGGCAGUUUCUAGAAGGAGAGCGCGCAGACCGCAGCCUGUUCGUCCAGGAGCUGCUCCUGUCCACACUGAUGCACGAAGAGAGCUCCUCCUCCGACGAGGACGAGCGUCGAGACUUCGCCGACUUCGGAGCCAUGGGCUGCGUGGAUAUCAUGCCUUUAGAUGUGGCGUUGGAGAACCUCCAGCUUCGAGAGAGCAGCUCUACGGGCAAGGAGCCUCCGCCGCCUCCUCUUUGAUGUCCGAGCAUCAAGCAGACUGUGUCCUCUCUGCUGCAACUGUCAGUGAUGGGCAGCAAACAGCAGCAGUCCUCCCUGGCCUCACCCUCCUUUCUCCCUCCUCUAUUUUCUGAGUUUGUUUUUGGUGAUUGUAAUUUCAGGCCUGUCACCAUUUUUGUUACAUUGUAAACAAAAAUAAACGAGAGCAAGUGGGAUAAAUGUGCGAGUGCGCAAUAGCAACUGAGUGAGCGAGCGAGAGAAGAGAAAUAUAUAAAUAUAUAUAUAAAAUAUAUAUGAAGUUGAUAAUCAAUCCACAUAACGUUUCUUUUCUUUAUCAGGUAAAUGUUACAGGCAGCUGUGGCAGACCUUUGCUUCCUGUGACAUGCAAAUGGCUCUCCGUAUAAAUACUCCACAUUCAAAAGUCAAGAGGGCGUAGGCUCCUCUGAUGAAGCUGCUGUGUGUGUUUAUGACUAUUAAUAAAUAAAAAGUGCUUGGAUGGGUUA